AUGGCUGGUCCCGGUGGUGGCCCUCCUCGCAAGAGUCAUACCAAGUCCCGCUUCGGCUGCAAGACGUGCAAGCGGCGACACAUCCGCUGUGACGAGACCUUUCCCCAAUGUCGAAACUGCACCAAGCACAACUGUCGCUGCGACUACAUGGACGUGGCCACCGUGCACGAGGAGGCCUCGUCCAUCCGCAACGUACCCGACCUGCUCAUGUCCGCCGAGAUCGAGAUGGAGAUCAAGAACUGGCACAUCACGGGCGUCGCCCCGUUCCCCGAGCUGAUGCAGUUCCCGCGCAAUAGCUGGAGCAAGUUGUCUCGGACGGAUCUCCGCCUGAUCCACCAUAUCAUCGGUCUGUCCAUCGACCUCCACCGGCGAGGUCUCAGCAACUGCACCAUCUGGGCGCAGAAGAUGCCCGCAUUCCUCACUAUUGCCCUCACCAACGACUUUGUCAUGAGCGCCAUCCUGACCAUGUCCGCCUCCCACCUCGCCUGGAUCACCCGCAACCAGGAGACCAAACAACUCGCAUACCACCACCGCGGCGUCGCCAUCCAGGGCCUGCACAAGGCGAUUGGCGCCUUCUCCAAGGACAACUGCGAUGCCAUUCUCGCAGCCUCCAUCAUUCUGUCCUGGCAGGCGUCAGAAUGGCAGAGCUGGGCGUCAUUGCAGCAGGGACUGACAACGGUCUUGAGUUCCAUGCACCCCCUGUGGAAGCAGGAAUCCGAACUGGCCAUCUUCCUCGAGAACCAGCGGUAUCUUGGAUGCACCAACACACCGGUCAUGUCAGGCUACCAGUUCCAGGACGAGGAUCUGGCCAGCCUGGACCAGACUAUCGUGGCCCUGCAGGCCAUCCAGAAGCGCGUCGCCCACAACCACGAGCACUACCGUCGGAUUGGCGAACUGCUCGAGUUCGUGCGGCACUUCCAGCGCGACCUGCUAUCGCAGACUCCCGAGCAGGCCUUUGAGCGCAUGCAACCGCUCCGACGCUGGCUCUUCUGGCUCCCCCCGGCCAUGCUCCGACCCGAGGACGCCGACAUGGGCUCGCUCGCCGUGCUGGCGCAGUUCUUCGGCGUCGGCGUUGUCCUCGACAGCCUCUUCCCUGACCUCGGGGGCGCCUAUCUGGGCCCCCUCUCCAUCGGCCCCAUCGAGGAGAUCUACCGCGUCGUGCUGGCCCGCAGCACCGCUGACCCCUUCCACCCCGACGCCCAACUCGCCCUCUCCGCCAUGGACCUCCCCCGGCACAUUCCCUUACCACAGCCUGCACGACUACCGCCUCGCCUCGUCCUCCUCGCCAUCUUCCGCGUCCGCCACCUACGCCCCUACACCCCACCCCUGCAAUCACCCCCCGAAGUCACCAUCGCCAGCCCCCCCUUCGACGUCAGCGGAGCCUAUGUGACCGCACCAGCGUCAUCCCAAGCCCUCUACCCGCCAUCCCCGCGCCUCCUGUCCGAUCCGCGCGAUGAUACUCUCUCGGACUACAGUCAUCCGGGCUCGCUGCAACACUCCCCUGCGUUUCCGCCCCCGUACCUGGGCGAUCUCGUGUGCGGGGGACUGUCGCGACUAGAUAGCAGCGGGUUGGGGCUGAAUAUGCCGCUGUACGAGUCACCCGCUUUGGUGGGGGGAUAUCACCCCGCCGUCAGUCCGGGAUGGCAUUAG